AUGCUACGACCAAACCUUGAGGAUUAUGAUGAGGAAAUCAAAUUUAAAGGUUUCAUACCAAGCCGUGAUUUCAUACCCGGCGAAAAUCUCAUUGACAACGUUAAACACAUGAUAAUGUUAUCGUCCCUUCUACCGUUCCUUCGUUUCUUUCUUUGUUUCUUUCUUCGUUUUUUCUUUCUUUGUUUUUUUCUUCGUUUCCUUCUUCGUUUUUUUCUUUUUUCGUUUCUUUCGUUUUUUCUUUCUUCGUUUCCUUCUUUUUUCUUUCUUCGUUUUUUCUUUUUUCGUUUUUUCUUUCUUCGUUUCUUUUUUCUCGACAUGAAAAAAAGAAAAGAAAAGCAAGUGAUAAAUUACAAAGUUUUAUCUAUCUAUCUAUCUAUCUAUCUAUCUAUCGUCUGUUCACACCUAUCUAUCGAUCUACCUAUCCUUUCUUCUCUUUCUCAUUCUGACUUUUUUUUUAAUCUAAUAUGA